AUGCAGGCCAUUCGAACCCGGGCCGUCUGCAUCGCGCGUCAGUCACGGCUGACUGGCCUGCGCCAAUCGAGAACCUACGCCUCUGGAGGUGACCACGGCCACCACCACGCCCACACUGUCGAGGAGCCCAUCGGAAACUUCUUCUGGGCCGUCGUCGCCAUCAUUCCGUCCGCAUACGUCGUCUACAAGAUCACCGCCCCCGGCAAAGACGGCGAGCCGCCUUACCUCACCAAGAAGAUCCACGAGGCCUGGCACUGGCAGGAGACAUGGAAGGAGAGAAAUGCACUGCACACCAAGGCCGUUGAGCAGGCUGGCUUCGACAGGCUGCUCUUCUUCUCCACCCCUGCCAACCGCGAUGUCGACCUCAGAUUCCCCGAGGCCAUUUCCAACUUUGCUGCACGCAACGUUGUUGCCGGUUCCCAGACCAACCUGGACCAUGUGAUUGCCCAUUACAAGAAGCAGCAUCUCGACGAGGAGGAGCGGAAAGUAAAGAAGCUUGCCGCGCAGAAGCAGGAGUGA